GUUGGGAAGAGAGCCGGAUGCACUGCGCAUGCGCAGUGUUUCUCCUGAUGUAUGCGCUGCUUGGCCACCGCCUUCCAGCCUUACAACCUUCUUUCCCUUCAGCUUUCCUGUCAUCCGCGCUACUAUCCAUCCUUCCAUCUCCCCCUUAUUCUUCCCGUUCGCAUCGCUCGCGCGACCAUGCGCCAGGAUCAUCGUUGCGGUCUGAUGCGCUGAUGUCAUUUUUGAAAGGUCUUCAAAUAUGAAUCAUGCGUCUGAUAUUCCAUCCGAGUCUGAUCGCUGGCGUCUUAAUUGCACUGCUACCUUCGUUUUCCUCCGCCUCAGUGGUUUCCGUGGAGAACGAGGUUGUCGACGAGCGAGGGUCUGCAACGCUGUGGCAAGAUGCGACGGCAGCACCGGAGUCUAAGAGCAAUGGGAACGCUACAAGCGAACAGGACAAGGAGGUGGCCAUCACGUACCCAUCACGCUUGGUGUACUACGUGAACGAGGAAGCGGAGAGCGCAUACCACGACUUGGAUACUCGCGCUCGAAACCAGGCAGCUGAAGGACAGGCCAUCCACUUGGCACAGGCAAGCUUCCAGCUGGACGCCUUUGGUUCUACUUUUACUCUGGAUCUUGCACUAAACAAUGGUCUGCUGUCCUCAAAUUAUGUCGAGAUCCACUAUGAAAAAGACAAACCAGUUUUCUCAAAGGGAGGUGAGCACUGCUACUACCAUGGUCAAGUGAGAGGGAAAGAGGCCUCUCAUGUGGCUCUGUCUACUUGCAACGGGCUCCAUGGAAUGUUUGACGAUGGAGUGUUUGUCUAUUUCGUCGCACCCCUGAACCAGACUCAAGCUGUGGGCACGGGGCCGAGGCCCCACACCUUGCGUCGGACAUCAUCACUCCGUAUGGGCCGAGCCCCUGCUGAUUUGGCUUCUGAGGACCAGGGGGAGGAUGAGGAGGAGGAAGAACAGAUCUUGUCCGACAUGCCUUGGCUCAGGCGGCGCAGGAAACGAGCAGUCCCGCAGAAGGCGUUCGAUGAGAUCAAGUACCUGGAGAUCAUGAUAGUCAGCGACCACAACACGUUUAAGAGACAUAAAAGCAAAAAGCAUACGCGGAACUUUGCCAAAUCAGUGGUGAACCUCGUAGAUGCUAUAUUUAAGGAACAGCUUAACACGCGUGUGGUGUUGGUUGCUGUUGAGAUCUGGACGGAUAGGGACAGGAUUCCUCUCAGUGUCAAGCCUCUGGACAUGCUGAAAGAUUUCUCCAAGUACCGGCAGCAGAACAUCGGCGUCAGCGCAGAUGCUGUUCACCUGUUCACAAAUGUCACGUUUCAUUACGGCCGCAGCAGCAUGGCCUACAUCGGAGGAGUAUGUUCCUCUGGAAGAGGAGUAGGGGUUAACGAGUUUGGCAGCACGUGGACGAUGGCUGCCUCUCUCUCCCAGAGCCUGGCACAGAAUCUGGGCAUCCAGUGGGACCCUGUUAGCAGGAGAAAGGAGUGCGGCUGCAUGGAUUCCUGGGUGGGAUGCAUAAUGGAAGAUACUGGAGUGCAGCAUCCUCGCAGGUUCUCCAAAUGCAGUAUCACAGACUUUAAGAACUUCCUGCUCAAGGGAGGAGCGUCCUGUCUUUUUAACAGACCAAACAAGCUCUUUGAGGCUACAGAAUGUGGCAAUGGGUAUGUAGAGGUGGGAGAGGAGUGUGACUGUGGAACCAGGAUGGAGUGCUAUAAGGACUGCUGUAAGAAGUGCUCUUUGUCUAAUGGUGCUCACUGCAGUGAUGGGCCGUGCUGCAACAGCACCUGCCUGUUCCUUCCCAGGGGCUAUGGCUGCCGCUACUCUGUGAACGAUUGCGAUAUUUCAGAGUCUUGUUCAGGAGAUUCUGGACAGUGUCCUCCUAACCUACAUAAGCAGGACGGGUACCCCUGUCAGCUCAACCAGGGCCGCUGUUAUGGGGGUGAAUGCAAGACCAGAGACAGCCAGUGCAAAUACAUCUGGGGUACAAAGGCAGGAGGUUCAGAGAAGCACUGCUACGAAAAGCUGAACACUGAGGGGACGGAGAAGGGAAAUUGUGGGAAAGACGGAGAGAAGUGGAUCCCCUGCAGUAAACAUGACGUGUUCUGCGGGUACCUGCUGUGCACCAACAUCAGUAGAACCCCUAGGAUUGGGACACUGAAAGGCGACAUCACCCCCACCACUUUCAACCAUCAGGGACGUCUGGUAGACUGCAGUGGCGGCCGUGUACUCUUGGAUGAUGAAACCGAUCUGGGUUACGUGGAGGAUGGGACACCAUGCGGCCCCUCCAUGAUGUGCCUUGAGCGGAAGUGUGUGCCUAUCUCCUCCCUCAAUCUUACAGCCUGUCCUUCCGGACCCAACGGACGCGUGUGCUCUUCACAUGGAGUGUGCAAUAACGAAGCCACAUGCACCUGUGACGCCACCUGGGCUGGGACAGACUGCAGCAUGCACGACCCGCCGAAAGAACCACCUGCCGUUGAAGACGAGGGUCCCAAGGGUCCUAGUGCCACCAACCUUAUCAUAGGCUCCAUCGCGGGGGCCAUCCUGAUGGCAGCCAUAGUGCUGGGGGGGACGGGAUGGGGAUUUAAAAACGUCAAAAAAAGACGAUACGACCCCAACGCCAGUGCUAUCUAAAGGACCGGAGACAUCAGCCUUGCCUGGUUUCCCUUGGGAUUCUGAAAGUGAGCUACCUGCUGGACUGUACCCUCUCCUGCUGCUAACAGCCAGUUAGCUUUACUUGAA